CCCCAUGGCCGGGUGCUACCUGCCUCUGAUGACCUCAAUGGAUCUAUCCCCAAUCCCAGUGAGAAAGAAACUAAGGAGAGGGAUUCUAUUGAUAAGGAAGUAAAAGACGCAAAAGAGACCAAAGACGCCAAGGAUGUCAAGGAUGUCAAGGACUCCGAUACUACAUCCAAGCCAGUCUGCAAGAAGCAUGAGAAAAAAAAGAAGGUGGCCCACAAGAAAGAAGAGUCAGACAGUUCUGGCUCGGACUCAUCGUCCGACUCCGAUAGCGAUGCUGACUCCGACUCUGAUUCGGAGAGCGAGUCAAGCACCGACAAACGCAGACGUCAUCGCCUGCGGACCAAAGCACGGGCUCGCCGUGCGCUGAAGGACAAAAAGCGUCGCAAGAAGAAACACCGGUCGCGCAAAGUUGAUACCUCCGAUUCUGACUCCGACUCCGAGUCUGAGUCGGAUACUGCUACUUCAACGGAAUCCGAUGUCUCCAUGGACGAGAAGGCACUUCGGAAGUUGGUGACGAAGCUCAAAUUGAAGAAAAAAGCGAAGAAGCUACGCGAUCAGACUUCUGAUGAUCUGACACCCAGUGACCCAGUUGCUGAGGGUCGUCAAAAGCGAUCGAAGAAGAAGAAGCCGGCCUCCAAAGUCGCUUACAAGCGUGUGGAUCAAUUAUGGGACACAACCAUCCACAAGUACAAGCUGACGGAAACCGUCGACGACCCCGACGCUGACGAAUGGGACCAAUACAUCUUCAACGUCCGUCGCAAAUUCAACUGGGAAAACAAGUAUAUCGAAACCGUCGUCGAUAUCAAAAGCAAACACCUCCGUGAUGCCCUCUCCAAAAUAAUGGAUGGCGUGAAGGGUGUCAGCCUUGUUCAAGAACCUGCCGUCGUGGAUCCAAACAUGCUCUUCCUCUACCUCGAAGAGACCCGCCAAUACAUGAAAGAUCUGAAGAAGCAAUCACGCAACGCCAAGAAGCGCAAAGCUCGCAAAAACGCUGCCUCGAAGGCUUCCCAUCUCAAGAUUCUUAUCAAAUACCUCGAUACAGACUAUGCGGAUAUCAAGAAGACCCUCUACCCUCUCCUUGAAGCUAACACCAUCACCUUCGAUCUUCUCUGGGCCUUGUUUAAGCCCAAUACCAUUGCUUAUACUCCUACUUAUGGUAACGCCGACGAACCUCGCGCUUUCAAGAUCGAAUAUGCGGUGAAGGAAUCCUCGUUCAUGAAGGGACAAUGGUACAGCGUCGAAGGUCGUUAUCUGGAGUAUGAUGGCAAGGAUUUCGGUUUCGGCAGUAUGUCUGCCGAGGUCGAUUCUUUCAAGGGCGCUCGCAAGAUCACCUCACUCUCUUGCUACCCGCUUAAGUAUCACCGUGACGCAGAUGCCCUACGCACCAAGCUCAUCGAGCGUGGAAAGCGCUUCGUCGCUUUGCGUGGUAUGAACUACCGCUUCCACAAGGGCAUGGCGUUCUACAAGAAAAAGCGUUCCUUCGUGGUCAAGGUCAAUAUCAAUGGCCGAGUCAUGGUUGAUCCUGCCAUUCAUCGAAGAAUCAAUCCCAACUAUCUCAUUUCGACCGUUCGUCCGAAAGACCCGGAUUUGUUGGACGCAGAUGAUUUGGGUCUAAGUGGCGGUGACGAUGAUGAUAGUGAAGGUUGCUGCUGUGGCGGUGGUUCCGAUUCUGACGAGGAACAUGGUGGAUCUUCCGAUACUCCUCGAACUGUCUACAAGGUCGUUGAAGAUGAAGAUGGCAUGCCGCACGUUGUUGAAGUCGAGGUCGAUGAGAACGGCAACGAGGUUCAAAAGGAGAAGAUAGAUCGUAUCGACGAGGGAUCCAAGGAGCGUGAAUUCACCGAAGAAGAGCUCCUCGUCGCCAGUCCCGUUGUGCUUGGCUUCGCUUUCAGUGAGAAGCUCUGGCUCGAGUUCACUAUCUCGGGUAUCAGUGACAUUGAAUGGAACCAAGAUGCCUUUGGCUCGCUUGUUCUCCCCAACAAUCAAAAGUCCAUCGUCAAGGCUCUUGUCGAAUCGCAUACUUUCCAUGCUGCUGAGAACAUUGACGAUGUUAUCCAAGGCAAAGGCAAGGGUUUGGUUGCUGUUCUUCAUGGUCCUCCUGGAACUGGUAAGACGCUCACUGCAGAAGGCAUUGCCGAGCUACUUCGCCGCCCUCUGUACAUGGUCAGCGCAGGUGAAUUGGGCACAGACUCUCGCACUCUGGAAGCAGAACUGAACAAGAUCUUGGACAUUGCUCAUUCUUGGGGUGCUGUACUGCUGCUCGAUGAGGCAGAUGUCUUCCUUGAGAAACGAACCAUUCACGACAUUCACCGCAACGCCUUGGUCAGUAUCUUCCUGCGGCUUCUAGAAUACUUCCAGGGUAUCCUCUUCCUCACGACGAAUCGUGUUGAGACUUUCGACGAUGCCUUCCAAUCGCGUAUUCACGUUGCUUUGCGCUACGGCGAUCUGACCACCAAGGCAAAGAGAAGUAUCUGGAAGAUGUUCUUAGAGCGUGUUCGUGCUAUUGAGGGUGUGCAUACCGCUGCUUUCUCCGAGGCCGACUAUGACAUGCUCUCAAGACACACCUUGAACGGUCGACAGAUCAAAAAUUCGGUCCGCACCGCUCAAGCUCUGGCUGUCAACGAGAAGUCACCUCUGGCUAUGGAACACAUCAAGCGUGUCCUUGAAGUGGCCGAAACUUUCGACCAAGAUCUUCGUGGCGGAACGGGAUACUUGGAUGCCAUGCGAAGCUACACCUAA